UCCUGGUCACGCCCCUUUGAGUGUUGGUUUAACUAAAGUUUGUCGGAGACUCCGCAGCUCUUCCCAAUUAAUUUACCCUCAAAACCGGCGCAUUUCAGCUCCGUUUCAGCCGCUUUCUCUGGCUUAUACUCUGAAGAUGGAAUAAGGAGCCAUCAUGGUGGUGAAUUCGGUGCACUGGUUUCGUAAGUGUCUGCGGUUGCACGAUAAUCCGGCGCUGCAGGAGGCCCUGAAUGGAGCGGACACGGUGCGCUGUGUUUAUAUCCUGGACCCGUGGUUCGCUGGCGCCGCUAACGUGGGAAUCAACCGAUGGAGGUUUCUGCUGGAGGCCCUGGAGGACCUGGACAGCAGCCUGAAGAAGCUCAACUCCAGGCUGUUCGUAGUGCGAGGGCAGCCCACCGAGGUCUUCCCCAGGCUCUUUAAGGAGUGGAACGUGACCCGGCUGACGUUUGAGUACGACCCCGAGCCUUAUGGGAAGGAAAGAGACGGAGCCAUCAUCAAGAUGGCCCAAGAGUUCGGAGUUGAAACCGUCAUCAGAAACUCGCACACCCUCUACAACCUGGACAGGAUCAUCGAGAUGAACAACAGCAGUCCUCCUCUGACCUUUAAGCGUUUCCAGACCAUUGUGAGUCGACUGGAGUUGCCACGGAGACCGCUGCCUCCCAUCACCCGGCAACAGAUGGACAAAUGUCACGCUCAGAUAGGCGAGAACCACAACCUGCUGUACAGCAUACCGUCACUGGAGGAGCUCGGGUUCAGGACAGAGGAUUUAUCUCCAGCUGUGUGGCGAGGAGGAGAGUCGGAGGCCUUGGACAGACUCAACAAACAUCUGGACAAAAAGGUGUGGGUGGCCAACCUGGAGAACCCCCGGGUGAACACCUGCUCCCUGUACGCCAGUCCUACGGGCCUCAGUCCUUACCUGCGCUUCGGCUGUCUGUCCUGUCGGGUUUUGUACUACAACCUCAGAGAGCUCUACAUGAAGCUCCGGAAGCGCUGUAGUCCUCCUCUGUCUCUGUUCGGACAGCUCUUAUGGAGGGAAUUCUUCUACACGGCCGCCACAAACAACCCAAACUUCGACCGUAUGGAAGGAAAUCCCAUCUGUGUCCAGAUCCCGUGGGACCAGAACCCAGAGGCGCUGGCUAAAUGGGCCGAGGGUCGGACCGGGUUCCCCUGGAUCGACGCCAUCAUGACCCAGCUGAGGCAGGAGGGUUGGAUCCACCACUUGGCCCGACACGCUGUAGCCUGUUUCCUGACCAGAGGAGACCUGUGGAUCAGCUGGGAGAGCGGCAUGAAGGUGUUCGAGGAACUGCUGCUGGACGCCGACUGGAGCGUGAACGCUGGCAGCUGGAUGUGGUUGUCCUGCAGUGCCUUCUUCCAGCAGUUCUUCCACUGCUACUGUCCCGUCGGCUUUGGACGGAGAACAGACCCGUCAGGAGACUACAUCAGACGUUACAUCCCCAUCCUGAAGGACUACCCAAACCGCUACAUCUACGAGCCCUGGAACGCCCCCGAGUCGCUGCAGAAGGCGGCUAACUGCGUGGUGGGAGUGGACUACCCCAAACCCAUGAUCAACCACGCAGAGGGCAGCCGGCUGAACAUCGAGAGGAUGAAGCAGGUCUACCAGCAGCUGUCCCACUACAGAGGACUGAGUCUGCUGGCUUCAGUCCCGACGAUCCAGGAGGAGGCAGAGCCGCCGAUGACGGAUGAGUCUCAGACCAGCAGUGGACCUGACUCUCCUCCCAGAGAUGCUGCUGACGGUGAAGCCGCCGGCUGCUCCGUGGCUCCGGACUCCUCCACCGUCUGUUCGUUCUCCGUCCCGCCUCCAGACCCGGAGGACCGGCCUCCCUGCACCUCCUCCCUCCCUUUCCUUCCCUCCCCCAGGUCCAAACCCUCGUCUCCGUCCUCCUCCUCCGGCCCCACCUCGUCCCCGUCGCCCAGCCCGGCCUCUGUCGCCCAGAGGAGGAAGGGAAUCGCCCGCAAGGCGAGGCGCAGAGAGAGGCAGCGUGGGAGGCCCAGCUGCCCUCCUGCAGCCAGAGGGGAGGAGAGGAUGGAGGAGGAGGAGGAGCAGCUGGAGGAGAAGAUGGAGGAAGAGGAGAAGAUGGAAGAGGAGGAGGAGACGACGGGACAGCAGCAGUGAAGGCAGAUGGCGCGUUAGAGAACAACCUGCAGACAUGCAUCCUGGACAUACGAGGAACAAACGCUGUUCUGGAAACGUGGACGACAUGAAUACACACAGCAGCAGCACGCGCACACAACAACACAACGACAUAACACAAUGUGGAAACGGUACAAAAGCAUUUUACUCCACAAAGAAGCGAAAACACUCGAUGACGAACGGUUGAAGUGUUUGAGCAGAUGAAGCUAAACGUGUUCUAGAUGAGUAAUCUUCUCUUGUGCGGUUCCACACAUCCCAUAAUGAACAUAGCAACCAGACGGCAGCGUCUGUGUUUGGAGAAGAAGCGCUGGUUUGUGUUUCUGUGGUUUUGGGAGGUUGAAUGAGAAGCUCUGACCUUCAGGCUGUGGAUGAGGACGGAACAAACGGCUUCUUUAACUUUUCACCGUUUAAAUUCGUUUAAAAAAAAAACACACAAAAAAAAAGGAUAAUUCCACCGACAUGAGGCGACGACGCUCUGAGGGUGUUCUGGUUUCACUUUGGGGUGAAGCUCGUCCGUCUUCAUCGACAGCCUGAAGCUCGUUCUCAGACCAAAAACGGAUUGUUCUGUUUCAGCAGCAGCGCUAAAAAUGUUCAACGCAGAGUUCAGACCUCAGGAUGUGACGAGUUUUGGUUCGUUUUUGGUCGGUUAUAGAGAAGGAAGCCCCUUCACCUGCUUUAACGUGUCCUGGACCAGCAGAGCGACAAAAAGCAGCAUUAGGGGUUUUAUCUCGCCGUAGACGAAGAUUUUAACUGUAAUUUUUGGGCUAAACGGAAAAAUGACGCAAAAAAUCAAGCAGCCAAAAUCACACUUUUUCCUGUUUAUCAUGACGUUAAUACUUUUAAAUAAAGGACACAAAAUCACAUUAUACUCUGAUUUAAAAAAAAAAAAAAAAAAAAAAAAAGUGGCACCAGGUCAAGUUCAGCAGCUAAAUGCUAACUAGCCUAGCUUAGCAUUCAGUUUAGUAGAUUUGCUGUCAUUAGUGACAUUUUUCUAAUUCUUUUUCCUCUCUUUUGGGUUAAGAUGCUCCCUGAUUCAGAGGGGCUGAUGAAGAAACGAUCCCUGACAUUAGAUUUUUUUUUCCUUCCAUUUGAUUUAUUUUUCGUGAACGUUAGCCUCUCCAGCAGAAGCUCUGACGACAAUCGAGGCUAAAAAGCUACAGACUCUAAAGCUUCCCAACAUUUUUUUUUUCACAUUUUUAAAUCUGCAAUUCUAAUUUUUUUUAAUAAUUAUCAAUUAUUUUGCAGGUUAUUUGAAAUCUUUAGUUCAAGUUAUGCCUAAAUGUUUUGCUGAACUUAGAUUUUAGACAAUUUGUAAAAAUCUUCUGCGUGAUUCAUGUCUUCUUUAGUUUGACCAUAAAAUAUUCACCUCACUGUGUUAUGACAAUUUAAUAUUUCAUUUUAGUUGGAGCACAGAUUCACAACAUGUCAUCUCAAGCUGCUCAGGAAUUUUAAACGGAACAGAAAACCAACAGUUCCCUUUGAGAAGAGCAAACAAAAGUGCCAACAUGUAGAAAGUGACCUGCUUUAUCUGAUUAAAAGUCAAAAAUUGUAAAAAUAUUCAGUCGUUGUGAAGCAAAACCAGCACUGAUUUGGUUCAAGAAGCUUCAACGAGCAGAUUGAGGUUUUUGUUUAUAAAACAUCAGGAAAUUGCAAAAUAAAAACACCGAAACACAUGAUUUUCACUGAGAAAAUUAUGUAAUCUGCACAUUUAAGAAGCUGAACCAGCAAAUAUAGAAUGGAGUCCAAGGCUGCAAAAUAAUUGAACAUGUCCUCUUCAAAUGUUCUGUUUGACAAAAAAAGGCGCAUAAACGUCACAUUUACGAAUCACAGACCAUAAAACAUCCCAAAAAAAUUACAAAAUUCUGUGGAACUGAAAGAAUCAUCGUCAUAAAUGUCCACAAAAAAAUCCACAAAAAGAUUCAGUUUACUCUCUAGUAUGACAAAAAAGCACUUAAUUAGCACAGAUUUUCUGCAUUUCUGCUCCAAAAAAAUGAUUUAAUCCAUAAAAGUAAAAAGAUGUUGGAGAACUGAAGGUCUUUAAAUGUUUUUUGUUAUGAAAAGUCACAAAAAUGUACAAGAUUUCAUUUACAAUCAAAAGAUUCAGUUCAUGGUCAAAUAUGACAAACAAAAAAAAAAAAAUAGCGUCCGAUUGGUACAAAUUUAUUUCUACUCCAAAAAUGAUGAUUUAGUACGAAAACCGUCAAAAUGACAGAAAAUCAGUUCAUAGUUGUUUGUCAAAAACGGCAGAUAACGUCCCAUUUACGAAACGGACCAUAAAACAUUUUAAAAAAUACAAAACACAAAGAUUCAGUUUCAUUCAAACAUGGUCAAAAAAUAACCAAGUGGUACAGAUUUCCUGCAUUUCUGCUCUAAAAAAAAAAGAUCAUUUAGUCCAUUAAACAUAAAAAAAAAUAGUCUUCCAAUAUUGUUUUUUUGACCGAAACCUCUCAAAAGAUUCAGUUUUCAAUGAAAUGUGACCACAAAUAGAAUCCAGUUGGUUCAAAUUUUGGUCAUUUCUGCUUCAAAAUCGAUAAUUUAGUCCUUAAAAAAAAAAAAAAAUUGGCACAAGCGAUCGUUUUGUUUUUGCCCCCCCAAAAAAAUCAUUGUUUUAUCCAAUAAACAUCAGAAAAUCACAAAAUAAUAUCAAACCGAAAGAAUUAUCAUAAAUGUCUUUGCUUUGAGCAACAGUUACAUAAACAAAGAUUCAGUUUACGGUCAAAUAUGGCGAAACACGGCACUUGAUGGGCACAAAUUUAUCAUUUCUGCUCCAAAAACCAUCCUUUAGUCCAUUAUACAUGAAAAAUGGCACCAAUUUUUGCUGUUUCUGCUGUAAAAGAAACGGUCAUUUAGUGCAAUAAACAUUAAAAAAACAUGAGAAAAUGUUGGAGAACUAUAGUACUGUCUUUAACCCAUAAGUACCCAGACCCAUUUUUCCUUAAAGGACUUAAUGAGUUAAGGUCAGACAUGGAGCUUUAAUAGGAAAAGACUAGGGCACUCAAAGUGCUUGUUACACUGGUGUCACCGUGGGUUCUUAAGGGUUAAAUGUUUGGGUUUUUUAACCAACAGUCAUAAAAAAACUCCAAAUUCAGUAAGCAGUCAAAUGUGACCAAAAAUGGCAUCCAAUUGAGACAAAUUUUUGGCUUUUCUGCUCCAAAAACAAUCAUUUAGUCCAUUAAACAUCAAAAAAAUGACACCAAAUCUAUUUUGUGUCAUAAAAUCCGCAAAUAUUUUCAUUUUUCCUCAGUUUUGCUUAAACAUUUCUCCGUUUCUGGGUUUGUUGACGUUCUCGUUUCAGGAAGUGUUCUUGAUGACAUCACACAGGCUGUAGAAGACGCUGGGCUGUGAUUGGUUGGACACCGGCGCGUAGCAUUUCCUCUCUAAUCAGAAAUGUUUUGAGGCCUGAACUCUGCGUUUGGUUGUGUGGACGUUUAGGUGUUCAUAUGUAAAUGACCCGAUGUGAAUGUUUUGGAGAAUAUCUGAUAUUUUUGCUAGCAGCGACGUUAACUCUUUAGGGAACACUAUGUUUUUCUAGUCCUCGAUUCCGUCUGGUCUUUGAAUUCGGGGGACGGAGGAGAGUUUCUUUUUUUUUGUUUUUUGUUUUUUUGCCAUGUUUUUUUCUGUGGCAACUGAAGAUGCUGCUUGUGUGACUUGAAUGUAGAGAAAAAAAAGAAACGUUGCUUUGUUGUUCUCCCCACGUAUUUAUCAGUUUGUAUAUAAAAGCUGUAACAUCCUGUCUGUUUCACUAAAGGUCUGAGUCGGGGGGGUUUCACAAAGUCUCUGUGUCCAGUAGGGGGCAGCGAACGCACCACGAGGUCGGUGAACUGCACAAACCCGACAGGUUUGAUCAGAUUUAUGAAAUAUUCCGGUAAUAAUCAGAAAUGUCAGAACAAAGAAUCAGUUUAAAAUCAUAAAAACCAACAGUUUUAGGUUAAAUUUCUACUUUGUUCAACAGCAAACUUUAACUCUAGUUUAACUUAACAAAAAUUCUUCAUCUCCUUAAACCUCAGUUGUCAUUUUCACUGUUUAUCUGCAAAUUAUUUUUUCAUACAAAAUGCCAGAAAACAGCAAAAACGGUGCAGAACGGCAUCUUUCAUGUUUAAUUCUGUCUAAAAAAAAUCUAAAUAUUCAGUUUCAUGUCAUGAAGUGUUAGAUAUCAGGCUGGAAGCUGAAAAUAUUUACUUUUUUGCUUUUAAAAAUGGCAAUUUGACCAUUUUAAACAUGUUAGAAAACUGGAUAAACUUCCUGUUUUAUUAUCUGACAGAGCAAUGGCCUCUACUAGUCAGCCUUUUUACUUGAUUUAUCUGCCAGCUAUUAGGUUUUUGUCUAUAAAAUACCAGAAAAUAGUGAAAGAAUGAAGACUAACUCUAAAAAAGCACUGAUAAUUUGAAAAGCAUGUAUCUUAAGUCUUUUCUAAAAGUUUGUAGUUUACCAUCAUGUUUUAAAAAAUUGUCAAAGUUCACAUUUUAGAAGCUGGAAACUUUUUUUUUUUGCUUUUAAUAACAGAAACAGGUUUUAUUUUCUGCUAAAGCUGUAGUUUAUAUCUGUGGCUUUCAGUAGAUUACUUGUUAGAAAAUCACUUUAUUCACCUACAAAAUCACAUUUUAUAAAAAGACAGCCUCAAUAAAUGAUUAAUUAUCAAACAAAAGCAAUCAUUUACAGGUAUAUCUGUCAUUUAUUGCUUUUUUUGGCUAUAAAGUGACAGAAAACAACAAAAACGGCAUCUUUAACAUCUUAUUUUGUCUUAAGAAAUCUAAAAAUAUUUUCAUCUACAUCAAAGAAAAGCAACAAAUAAGUCAAACUAAAAACAGAAAUGAUCAAAAUUCAUUUCUAAUUGCUGCAACUUCAAUUACAAAACAUUGUCAGUAUAUGGAUUACAUUCAAUCAAUAUUUUUGUCCAAAAAAAGCCAAACAGACAAAAAUAAAGCACCUGAAGUUCCUUGCAGUCCAAUGUGGCAAAUUUCUCUAAAAAAAAUUGCAACAAUGUUUAUUUUACUCAUGACAAAUAAGAGCAUUGAAUCUUAAAAACUGAGAAGCUGGAAAUAGAAAAUGAAACUAUAAUAAUAACAAUCAAUUAGCCAAAGUAGGUGUUUUUAAAAUGACUGUCUAAAAAUUCAAAAAUAUUCACUUUACUGUUACUGCACAUUUUAGCAAAAUACUUUCAGUUUUUGAGGUUUUAAUGAAUUGUUUUUUUUAAAUAAGUAAAUUUCGGUUUCCACGAGUGGUGUCUUCAAUGUCUUUGUGAGGAAAAAAUAAACGGAUCAAAAGCAAAAAAACCAAACCAACUAGUUUUCACAUCUGAGGACGCAGAAAUAAGUCAUUUUUGCUUUAAACAGUCAUUACAGUGAAGUUUUUCUGCUUAAAUUAUCACAUAAAAUGAUUUGUCAGAAACCUCGAGGCGCUAAAUGAUCCAAAAACUAAACCUAUUCUGUAUGACUUUCCCAGAAUGUUUCCAAACCUCUCGUCUUGUCGGGUUUGUUCUGCAGGGAUCCGGUUUAUUUCUGACGUUUUAGAAACUGACAAUCAGUCGUCUUGUACUCUGUUUAGCUUUUUUUUCAACCAAACUGCUUCGUGACGUUUCAGCUGCGACCUCCAGAGGAUUUAAGCCAUAGGAGCAGCUGGACUUUGUGAAACCCCUCAGUGCCGCCUGGAUGGGAGAGAUUUACCCCAGAGAGGGUUAAAAUAAAAAAAAAAAAAGGCUGGAGACGAACUGCUGGACCCCAGAGGGAGUUCAGGAAGGGUGGGAGCCGAGAUGCUUAAAGUUCCCACUGAUCCUGAACGCAGCAUCAGAAUGGACGUUGUUAAACCACAGCCGAGGGGCCCGAGGUUCUGUCUGACAAUGUGGGCCUCACCGAUAUUUAUUUGUUUUGUACAAACAGAGUUUAUUUUCAUUAAAACUGCUGAAGGAACUGUGAUUGAAA